UAGUCAGCCAUAAAACCCACUGCAGGAAGAAGGAACGCAACAGAUAUUUGUGAAGGCGCUUUCCAUCGACAUAUACUUUUUAAAUAGGGAUAUAGCUUAAGAAAACGGCUGUAGUUUAAUUAGCAAGAUGUAUAGACCUAAUUUGAUGUUUUUUGUUUUAUUUUUUCUGGAAUGUAUUUGCCGGAGCCAAAGCCACAUCUACUCCCUGAAUUACAUCUACACUGCCCUGUCAAAGCCAGUAGACUUGCCUGGUAUCCAUGAGUUCACUGCCAUGGGUCUGAUGAACAACCAACAGAUUGAUUACUAUGACAGUGUGUCAAAGAAGAAGAUUCCCAAACAGGACUGGAUGAGGGAGAAGCUGCCAGCAGACUACUGGGAAAAAGGAACUCAGUCACGCAAGAGCAAGGAGCAGUGGUUCAAAGUCAACGUCAACAUCCUGAUGGAUCGCAUGAGGCACAACAACACUGAUGUGCAUAUCCUUCAGUGGAAACAUGGCUGUGAGAUUGACCAACAGAGUGACGGCACAUUGAAAUUCAUAAAGGGCACUGACCAAUACAGCUACGAUGGUGACGACUUCCUGGCCUUUGAUGAUGUCACUAUGCAGUGGGUGGCCCCAGUUGAUCAAGCUCUGCCGACUAAGAGGAAGUGGGACGGGGUGCAGAUCCUCAACCAGUACACCAAGGGCUACCUGGAGAAGGAGUGUGUGGACUGGCUGUCCAAAUUCAUGGAAUAUGGGGAGAAAGAAUUCAGUAGGCCUGAUUCCCCUCCAAAGGUCUAUGCAUUUGCUAAAAAGGCCAAAACCGCAGGACAUGUCCGACUGACCUGCAUGGCCACAGGUUUCUAUCCCAAAGAUGUGGUAAUGAAUAUUAAGAAGAACGGUGUUCCAUUGACCAAACAUGAUGGAGUGCAGUCUGCAGGAGUCCUACCCAAUGAUGAUGAGACCUACCAGAUCAGGAUGAGUGUGCAGAUCCCAGAGGCAGACAAGGAAACGUAUGAAUGUUAUGUCCACCAUACAACAUUGGAGAAGCCAAUUGUGAUAAAAUGGGAUGGAAUAUGUUGUGAUUGCAGUAGUUUCAAUGCUGUAGUCAUUGGGGCUGUAGUCAUCACCUUUAUUGUAGUUCUGAUCUUGGUGGUCCUCUUUGUUCUGCACAGAAGAGGGACAAUUGUGAUUCCUGGCUUGAGAACUACAGCUACUGGCAAUGGAGUGGCAUUUUCUGGAGUGAACACUUCAUAGUAUGGUGGAUCGAUGACCAUUGGUGGCCAAACUUCCUGACCGGACCACAAAGGAACCUCAAUUUCAUAAUUUUAUAGGAUGGCUAUUGAUAACGCUUGUUAUUCAGUUACAAUGUUUCAAUCUUAUAAGCUAGUGAUGGAAAUGAUAGUUACUUUGAUGCAAUGUGCUAAAAACUGCUGAAUUUUAUCGUUUUUGCUGUUCUUGAGUAAGUACUUGCUUCCAAAUAGAGUCUCAUAAGUGAGGUGGUUAGGCACCAUUUGGAUUGAUGUAUCUCAUUCUGUCGUACAUUUCAUUGUUUUACUGUUACAGUGGAUGUUACUGUAUGGAGAGGCAUCUUUAAGGUAAUUGUAUCAUUCUUCAGGGAUUAUAACUAGACUUGUACUAGAUCAGGGUUAUAUAAACCUGGAGGUAUAUGCUGAUAUGUUUUAUAUCCAUGGCCAAUCAAUGACAUACUCAUAUUUUAAGUAACAUUUCAAAAGAGUUAUAGACAAACAUUGCAAAUUUCCUAAGUAUUAACAAUGCUCUACAAUAUUAAACAACACAAUUUUAACAUAUAUUUGCAGCAUCUUAAAACAAGAUAUACAAUAUGGUAAACACACUCAUGAAACACACAAAUGUGUUAGAGAAAAUGUGAUUUUUUGUUAAUCAAAAUAUUACUUGAAAUAUCAUUUGUUAUGAUUGUUUAUUUCAACCUUGGGCCCAUUUCAUAACCGUUCACUGGGUUACCAGGCUAAGACAAACCUAUACUCUUGAAUUAAUAUGCAGUGGAGUUUCUUUUAAUAUCACAUUUUAAACAUUGAUUCAUGGAGGACACUAAUAAUUCCAACAUGCAAUCUUGAAGCUCAAGACAAAAAUAUUUUUUCUCUUAUGCCAGAAACCUAGUUAGUGUUUUUUAAUGAGUAGGGUCUCAGGUGUUAUGCAUGCUACCUGUGGACUAAAUGCAUUCACCAAAUUAUUUCAUUAAUUAAUGGCACUGCUGUUACUAUUUACUAAACCAGUAUUUCACAUGACUUACUGUAUGUAAUACGCACACUCUCUAUAAUCUGUACUGCUUUUCAAAUAUCCUGAAUGAUUUGUUUUUCUGAAAUAAAUAAAUAAAAAAGCCC